CUGUGUGGUUGUACUGCUAGUCUUGUGAAGAACUUGGCAAUGCUAGCUAACGUGGAAGAGAACAAUUCCGUCUCACGUGCUCUGACUCGUCUCUCUGAAGUAGAAGAGAAAGUUGAGUCCCUUCACUCUGAACAGAGUAACGUGGACCUUUAUGUCUUUGGGGAGACCAUUCGUGAUUAUGUUGCACUAUUGGGAUCUUUAAGAGAGACGUUCAAUCAACGAGUGAAGAAUUAUGGUGUUUGGACUAACGCUCAGAAGACCCUCCAGAGCAAGAGAGAUUCUGAAGCUAAAAUGCAAACAACAGGAAAAACUGACAAGCUCCCGAUAGUCCAGGCUGAGAUAAAAGAUUGGGAACAAAAGGAGAAGGAUGCCGAGAAGGCUUUUAACAAAUGCUCGAAAGUUUUGAAAAGAGAAGUAGAACGUUUUGAAACGGUCCGUACUAAGGAAUUUAAGGCAAAGUUUUUAGAACACUUAGAAGCUCUCAUGCACAUGCAAGAGGAGCUCAUUCGUCUCUGGGAAGGAUAUCUCCCAGAUGUGCAGGCCAUUGAGGCUGAAUCUUAGCAACAUGCUCCCCACGUCUUAGCUCUAAGUUUCUGAUAGCACUAAUAAACUGCUCCUGCUGCUGCUCUAUAUUAUUAUUGUAAUUAUUAUUAUACAGUACCUGCUGUGUUUUGUGAUAAACUUUAUGAUAUCUAUAUUGUUAUUAUCUAUUGUUAUUAUUAUUGGCAAUUAUUGUAUUGUUUAUUAUUGGCAAUUUUUUUUUCUAUUGUUAAUGAAGAUUUCUUUAUAAUGAUCGUUUUAGUAAAUUAAAACUGUGUUUUCCGUA